CUUUCGAUUGGAUACAUCCAUGAUGGCUCCGCCCAAUACACAUGUAUUCUGAGCCAGUCCCUAGCGCCCUUCGGUGACACAGCCCAGCUCACCUGAGGAUUCUCAUAUAGUCAUAACAGUCACCUGUACCAUCAGGGUCGGAACCCAUCGCGCCACAAACAACUUUCACAGGACCUGCUUCAGCACACAUUCAUAUUUCACACUGGGGAGGGGAGAGUUAAAACACAAUGUACACACAGCAGAAACGCACUAUGUCCUCCACCUUCUCCAUGCGCAGCUACUCAGCCCGCCAGCCAUCCUUCUCCAGCAUGUCUCUGAGAGACAGCAGUAGUAGUGGUGGCAGGAGCCGCUCCAAAGCCCCUGUCUCCUCCCUGUCCUCUGCCAGCACCCUGUCCCUCUCCCGCUCCCUCUCCAUGGGCAACGGGCUCAAUGUCCUGGGCGCCCUCUCCUCCCUGAACGGCAUGGGUGUGGGCGCCAGCGACAAGGAGACCAUGCAGGGCCUGAAUGACCGGCUGUCCAACUACCUGGACAAGGUGCGCUCCCUGGAGCGAUCCAACGCUGAGCUGGAGCUCAAGAUCAAACAACUGAUGCUGGAGCGGGCCCCCAAAGGUCACGAUAUCGAGGGUAUGAUGGCCCAGGCUCACGCCAUUGGACAGGAGGUGAGAAAGAAGACCCUGGAGAAUGCCCGCAUCAUGCUGGAGAUUGAUAACGCCAAGCUGGCCGCCGAUGACUUCAGGGUCAAAUGGGAGGCUGAGGCCACACUGUGCCAGUCUGUAGAGAGGGACUGUCUGGCUCUCCGGAGGGCCAAGUCAGACCACGACCAGAUCAUAGCCACCCUGAGAGGAGACCUGGACAGCCUGAAGGAGGAGCUCUACUUCCUCAAGAAGAAUCACGAUGAGGAGAUGGGCUCCAUGAAGGCCCGUAUGGCCAACGAGCAGGUGAAUGUGGAGGUGGAUGCAGCCCAGGGCCCAGACCUUGGGGCCAUUAUGGCUGAGCUGAGGAACCAGUAUGAGGGCAUUGCGCGUAAGAACAAAGAGGACUCAGAGACCUGGUACCUUAAGAAGCUGGAGUCAGUGCAGUCAGAGGUAAAGGAGAGCGGUGAGGCGCUACGCUGUGCUCAGAGUGAGCUCAGCGAGAGACGCCGCUUCCUACAGGCCCUGGAGGGGGAACUGGACAGUCUGCGCAAACAGGUGGGUGUGUUGGAAGGGAACCUGAGAGAGACAGGCCAUAAGUAUGCUCUGGAGAUGGACAGUCUGCAAGCCAUGCUGUCUCAGCUGGAGGAGGAGCUGUCCCAGCUGCGUCUGGACAUGCAGCGCAACAAGACAGACUAUGAACAGCUGCUCCGCAUCAAGCAGAACCUGGAGCUGGAGAUCGCCACCUACAGGAGACUGCUUGAGGGAGAGGAAGUGAUCAAGGAAAUGCCUCCAACUAAAAAGGAGCCCGAGGUGAGGACCAGGAAGAUCGUCAAGGUGGUCACCCAGACCAUGAUCAACGGCAGGGUAGUGGAAGAAUCCAGUGAGGUGGAGCAGAUCAAAGACAGCAAGAAAUAAGAUAAUCAGCUCCAUUCGUUUAAUCUUCAUUAUCUUCCUCUUCAUCACAUACCCAGAGCCUUGGCCCUCCACAUUCUAGUUGAAAUCACAAAUUUGUAAAAUAAUGCUUUUUAAUCUACAAACAAGGACAGUCUGAGUCGACUAAGGAGAUGUUCGACCACCAAUCUCUGGACAUGCAGUAACUGGAGCCUAAAAUGUGGGAAAUGUGUGGGGUCAAUGUAUAAUCAAUAUUGGGAAUAUAUAAUUUCGGGGUUUAUUUGGGAAAUAGUAAACAGUAGUAGGCAAAUUGUGGACUAGAAUUGUAUCUGUUUUUAUAUGAGCGGGAGAGCUUGAGAGAUCCCUUCAACAUUCUACUUUACAUUAAGUUCUUUACGGCAUAUAGUAACUUUGCAACUAUGCUGUACAUUCACCAAAAUGUAAUUAUGCCUAUAUUGUAGCUGCAGAUAAAUGUAAUGAUUGUAUUGUAAUGAAAGGAAACUCUGUUAGCAGUAGUUACAAAGUGGAAUACAACUAAAAGUAAGUACAUUGUCAGAUAAUUUCCAUAUGGAAUUGUAUUACAUAUAAUAUAUAUAUAUAUAUACACACACACUACAGUUCAAAUGUUUGGGGUCACUUAGCAAUGUCCUUGUUUUUGAAAGAAAAGCAACAUUUUUGUCCAUUAAAAUAACAUAAAAUUGAUCAGGAAUACAGUGUAGACAUUGUUAAUGUUGUAAAUGACUAUUGUAGUUGGAAAUGGCAGAUUUCUUAUGGAAUAUCUAAAUAGGCAUACAGAGGCCCAUUAUCAGCAACCAUCACUCCUGUGUUCCAAUGGCACGUUGUGUUAGCUAAUCCAAGUGUUUCAUUUUAAAAGGCUAAUUGAAAACCAUUUUGCAAUUAUGUUAGGACAGCUGAAAACUGUUGUCCUGAUUAAAGAAGCAAUAACACUGU